UACAGUGUGUUUUUUUACUUUAAAAUGACUAAUAAUAACGAAAAAUUUCAUGAUCCAUCUUAUUUAGAGUUAAAACGUAAAGAGCUGGAAGUAUUCUUUCAAGAUCUCAAAUUGCCCAAAGAGGUAAUAGAAAAAGCUAUUCAAAAUGAAUUAAAGCCAUUAAUACUUGAGGACCGACCAUACAUUGCAGCUUCCGCUCUAGGUGAAGUAAAAUCAGAAUACGAUGUGAUGACCGGUCAACCUUUUACCAAAUUUGAAGAAUGUAAUAGACCAUUAACAUCAGAAGAAAUAAAAGAAUUAUUAAAAGAUAGCCAGGUAAUAGCCGAAAAAUCUAAACAAAUUCAAAUCAUGAUAGAUAGAGAGAAACGCAGUGAAAUAGUUGUUCCGAUAGAGGAAAUAAAACUGCCUGGUUAUGAAGAUAUGAGAAAGGAAAUUGACAGUGCUUCUAGUAGUUCGGAAGUUAAUAAAAUUAACUAUAAAAAUAUGGCUUCUUUAUUGCAUUCCGUCAAUGCAUAUGAAGUUAAAUAUUUGAAGGCUACUAUUAACCCGAAAAGUGAAAAAAAUAAAGAGAAUUCAGAAUCUGAUUCUGAUGAAAAAGAUUUGGAAGCCAUUGAGAAAGUCGUCAGUCAGUAUUCUGAUAAGUCUUACGAGACUAGAUAUCAAGAGACAAAAGAUAUGCUAUUAAAAUUAGCAGAUAGAUACGAAGAUCCCAACGCAGACCAAAGUGAUGCAAUAUUUACUCCGGAUAUAGAGAAUGUUAAAAUUCUAAAAGAAUCUUCAGUACAAUUUGUAAAAGGUCAAAAAAGACGCUCGGCCUUUGAAGAGGUCAAGGAGAGUUACUCGAUCAACGCAGCCAUGAAUAUUUCUUUGACCGAUAAUCCAGUUAAACCUAACCUGAGCGGAGAAGUAAAGAAAGUGACUGCUAAUAAAAUAGAGGAAGAAAAUAUUAGUUACGAAGAAGUGUUCCCCAAAACUUUUGAAGCUAAACUUAAAGAUACUGAAAAAGCUUUACGCGAUAUUAAUUCUGUGUUAAAUAACGCUCCGGUAACUGAAAAUUCUUCACGAAAUUCACCGAACACAAACGAAAUUCAAUCUAAAUCGGAAAGAGAAAAUAUAUCACAGAAAUUUGAUGAAAAUAUGGAACAAACCUUACAAACAGCUUUAGAGGACAUAUUCCAAAUCGAUAAACAAAAUCGAGAGAACAGGGAUAUGGAAUUCAAGGAAAUGAAGAGCUUAGCGCGAAACAUUGUUGAAGGUGCUGAAAAUCUGAGCACGUUGAUACGUGAAGAUAUCACAAACAAAUUGAACAGUAUGAACGAACUGCUAAACGAUGUGAAUGAAGCUUUAGAGAAUUCUAGGAAAUCUAACAUUGCCUAUCAAAAAAUUAAAGAAGAGGGUGAUAUUUUGAAGAGACGACGAGAAGUUUCAAUUGUACCCAGAGAAAACAUAAAUGUACCAGAAGUAGUAAGUCCAACGGUUUCAUCUGCUGAUAUAGACGAUAUUAACUCAGCUAUUUGUAAUUUAAACGCAGAGAUAAAUCACCAUGAGGAUAGAAUAAACAAAUGCAAAGAAUCUUACGAAAUCAGGAAUGAGGAAUGCAAAACAUUUAUCAAAGAGGUUGAUGAUAUUAUGAUUAAAUCUCGUCAAAUUCUACAUCCGCUCCAAAAUGACGUAACAAUAAAAGAAGAAAAAGGUAUGAAAGAGACAAAGAAAGAUGUGCAAGAACAAGCGUUCAGAAAAAUAAGUACGGAUGAGAUGAAAGAGAAUAACGCAGAAGACCAUGCCCGUAAAGAACUGUGCAAGAAUGAGAAAAAUAAAAAUUUGGCUGAAUUAGAAAAUAAAGAAUUGGAAAGGAACAAUAGAAUUAAUGAUUUGUUAUACGAGAUUAAAGAUAAAAUGAAAGAUAACAAAGAAGUAUUGAGAUUAGCUAAUAAUUUGUUAAGAAGAGAGGAAACCAGGAAGAGUCCUUUAGUUGUGGGUAAAGUGAGAGAGCUGCCAGCAUUUGAAAUGGAUGAGGAGGCUCAGGGAGACCACAAAAGGGAAACUAAUAUGAGUGUCUGCCCUCCAGAUAAGAACGAAUUUAAUGACAAGCAAGAUCUCGAAAAAGAGAAGACUGCGGCGGAGAAUGCGAAAGCGAAGCAGCGAGAGUUCCAGCAGAAGAUUGAGAAGGAGAUGGAGGAAAUGAACAAAGGUCUGAGAAUGACGAAGGAGUUUAUAAAAAACCACUGCAAGCAGCACAAGCUGUAUUGUACGCCGUAUCUUAACGAUAUUCUGUAUUUGCAUUUCAAGGGUUUUUCGAAGAUUGAAAAUUUGGAUGAGUACACGGGUUUGAAGUGUAUAUUUCUCGAAAACAAUGGGAUCGAGAGGAUUGAAGGAUUAGAUACGUUAUCUGAAUUGAAAUGUCUAUAUCUCCAUUACAACGUCGUGAGGAAAAUUGAGAAUCUCACUGGAUGCCCUAAGCUGGACACUCUGAACUUGGAUCAUAAUUUUAUACGGACGAUUGAUAAUUUGGAUGCAGUGCCUGAUCUUCAUACGCUUAGCAUUGCACACAAUAUGCUGACAACAGUUGAUGACCUAGAACACUUAAAAUUAUGCAAGAACCUGUCAGUCCUAGAUUUGUCUUACAAUCGUCUCGAAGAUCCCUUAAUUGUGGAUGUGCUAUCUGAUAUGAUUAUGCUAAAAGUUUUGGUUUUGACUGGAAAUCCGGUUGUGAAGAAUAUACCAGCUUACAGGAAAACCUUGACGCUUCGUUUGAAGGAAUUAUUAAACUUGGACAAUAGACCGGUGUUCCCCAGGGACAGAGCGUGCGCUGAAGCCUGGCAGCGUGGAGGAGUGCAGGAGGAGAUUGCAGAGAGGAAACGUUGGAUAGCGAGAGACCAAGAGAAAGUCAUGCAAAGUGUCAGAUAUCUGAUCAAUAUGCGUGACCAGAAAAGAGCGGAGAGAGACGCCAGAGAACGAGAGGAGAGAGAGAAACUGGGACUUCCCCCGAAGGUAGAAGGUAACCCUAUUGGCCAAUCAAACAUUCAAGAGAUCGGUUCGAACUCGGAUGAGUCGAGUCCCGAGGUGGUGGUGACGAAGGGUGGCGUGGUGGUGGACAUGCUGUCGGGGUCUGAGGCAGAAGGUUCUACGACCGAAGACAGUUCUGAGGAGUCUGGUGAUGAUGACAAAUCUGAGCCGGACACUAAAAAGAUUGAAUGGUCACAGCUGGACAAAGGCAGAUGUCUGGUCCAGGAGAUAGACAAUCAACCCCCCGUGGAGUCCGGGGAUCAGUGGAGUGGGUACACCGGACACGUGGAGCCGCGCCGCGGGGAUUUUGCAUCAGAUUUCCAAGCUCUCAACAAUUUAUUGUACAAUCAAGAACCGCACGUGGAAAGGAGAGGCGUUACCAAGAUUUUGGAAAGUGCAAAAAAGCACAAGGAACAAGAUAGCAAAAUUGAUUAUGAAAAAACGAUUAGUAACACAAUUCAUGUGGAAAAGAAGCCUCUCAUUGAGAUUAUUGAGGCUGGAGGUGAACUUUGUGGAAACAAAGUUUUAGAGAAUGAGGACACAGAACUCAAUGAUACAGAAUGCACAGAACAAAGUCCACGAAAUUCUCACCAAGAAACAAAGAGCGGAGCAUCAAUACCAGAAAAUACAGUUCAUCCGCGACCUCAUGAAGAUAAUGCUAACAACAGUGAAGCUUUAAUUACGAAGAAAGAUCUAGAAAGCGAAUGUACUUCCGAUUGUUCUAGAACUACUGUUUGCAGUCAAAAUGAUGAAAGCGACAAAAUGAUUAGAGAAGCAGAUAAAGAUAUAAUCAAAACCAUGUCCACUAUAACUAUAAGAGAAAUACCUUUGAACGAUACUAAAGAUGAAAGUAGAGAUCAAGUUGAAUGUAAAGAUAAAGAAAAUGGUGGCGGAAGUGAGUUCAAUAGAAGCUUAGGAGAUAAAAAACCCGCCGUGCACAGCCAAGGGGAAGGAACCGCUUUAAUUAAUUACAUGCAACGGAUUAACAAUGCCGAUUGUGAUGGUGACGAUGAAGAUCUGAAGCCGAGUGCUGAAGAUUUGGAAAUAUUUGCAGAGUUAGAGAGAGAACAGGUGGAGAGACAGGCGAGGAUUGAUCGAGGAGAGCCCGCCGUGAAUCCAAUGAAGCUUUACGAUAAGAAGGUCAUGGAAGAGUUCUACAAGGACCAGGAUCUAAUACCGGCUCACGAGAUCCGAGAGCGGGUGAUGACCACGAGCUACAGCCGAGACAAUGCCUUCGACAGGAUCGCGCUCAGUCAGUUGACGGGAGGAGAGGUACCUGAUAAAACCAAGAUGACGUUAACCCGCGUCCCGGGCGCCGUGCUGCUGCACUACGGGCGCGGGCAGGUCGGCUACCAGAUCGGCGAGGAGAAGUUCGAAGGUGGUUCCUCCGUCGGCGACCCUGACUCAUCAGCCGGUGAUAGCACUGAUGAAGAAAAAAACUAUAAAGCUGUUAAAAUGAGACCGAAAUCGGCGAAGAAAAACGAUCCUCGAAAUCUUGAAGAUGCCGUCGUCUGUAAUGAUAAAGAGUAUAAAGAAGGUGGCUUCGAUGAUGAUGAGACUGCUGACGGCGACUUACAGUCCGCCGAUGAAACUCGCCAGGGAGAGUCCAAUGAGCAUUAUUCUAAAGAGACCCGCAGCUACGUCGGCGACGAAGAUCUGUUGGAGCUGAAGCCGGAGGAUGCGAAGAGAUCCAUCAUCAACGCGAUCAACUCUUACGAAGACGAUAGGUUCCCCUCGCAAGGUGUAAACUAUUCAAAUAUGGCAGAGGAUAGAGACAUAGAGCAGUCGGUGGCCGCGCACAUCCUAGAGCGCACCGUGCAACACGAGAGGGACGAGCUCUACCGUCGCUAUGACGUCAUCACGAGCCACGCCGGUAGAGUCGACAACACGACAAACUCUAUCAUAGAGCACAUCUCCGAGUCGCUGCAAAAUGAGAUUAGCCUGCCAGAAGUGUCACUCUUGAUAGAGGCGCACAUGGAGGCGGCGGAGCAGCGGUGGCGCGGCGGGGAGCUGCUCUACGUGGCCGCCAGCCCGCCCGGCUCCGACGCCGACGACACGCUCGUGGCCACCGACGUGUCCUUCGAAGACACCCUCACCGAUAUCGGAGCGUCUGAUGCUAACGGCGCGGGAGGUGUCGCCGAAGCCGGUGGAAGGAAUCUAGCUGACGGUUUUGGUGCUACGGUUGAAGUUCAAGAAAUUCAACUUGAAGACGCACAAGGAACCGUGAUUUUGAAUGACGCACGAGUCACAAGGGACCCUCCCCGCCAGGACGCGCCUCGCCAGGACGCGCCUCGCCAGGACGCACCACGUCCGGACUCUCCCCGCCAAGACGCGCCACGUCAGGAUUCACUUUGCCAGGACGCGCCGCGUCAGGACUCGCCGCGUCAGGACUCUCCCCGUCAGGACGCGCAACGCGAGGUUUCGCCCCGCAAUGGUCUGCCAGCUGCGCGAGUUCACGGACAGGCGAGGUCUGUUGUAGACGACGAAGUUUUCGAAGAUUGCGAAGAUUUUAAAGUAGAUGUUAAUUAUUCUAUAGAAAUGAAGCUGGCGUUGGGUCUGCGCGGCGACUAG